AUGACGGAACAACUUGCUGCCCAUCUUCUCAACGCUGCCAAGGUAGUUGAACAGAAGCUUGAUGCUGAAUUGGACCGCCUGGAUCAACUGGAUGAUGAUGAAAUGGAAGAGAUCCGUAGGAAGCGUUUGGCGGAGCUGAGGAAAGCGCAGGAUAAGAAGGCGGUGAGUAGUUUUUGAUGCUUGUUGAAAUUUAGAGACUUCUGAGAAGAGAACGGCGUUUUUCUCCUUGUUUUUUAUGAUCCUUGAUGCUAGGAAUGGUCAGAGGGAAAACUGUUAGAAUAUAAGGGUGAAGUGAAGGAAGAGCGGGUGUUUCGGAUCUUAUGAAUGGAGAAUGCCCUUCCAUCACUUUGAGACUAAAAUUUAACCCAAUUGGGCCAAUGUUCAUUUUUCCUUCAUCAAUUUUCUCUCAAUAACUUUUGGUAUCAAGGAUAAUAUAAAUUCCGUCCAUUUUUUCAGGAACUGGUCAGCAGUGGACAUGGUAAAUUGACAGAACUUGGAAAUGAACGUGAUUUCUUCGAGGCACGAAAGAAAACCAGCAAAAUGGUCUGUUAUUUCUAUGGGCAACAAACCGAGAAGCAUCAAGCUGUGGAGAAGGUCUUGAAUAACCUAGCUCAGCAGCAUUUCUUUACUCGAUUUACUUGUCUUAAUGCUGAAAGAGUAAGUUAAUGAUGUUUCAGUGUGAUUUUGGCUUGAAAGAAUUGUUUUUUGAUGAUUUUUGUUAUAAUUUAUAUUACACUUGGUCAAUUAAAUUUUUUUGCCGGUUUAUAAUUUCUUUUGCUUUCAGAGCCCGUUCCUGGUGGAAAGAUUGAACCUAAAGAUCUUUCCGGUCAUUGCCGUCAUCACCGGCGACAAAGUUGGGGAUUAUAUUCGACUGGCCGAUAAGCUGAACGAUACCGUGGAAAGUUUGGAGCAUUACAUUGAGACCCGCCUGUUCGAAGCUGGUGUAAUUACAGAGUGUCGAAGUCAACCUCCGAAGCAGCAGAAAUCCAAGACAAUAUUUGGAAUGGCACCACUGAAACGAGGCAUCCGGGGUGGGCGCCAUGAUGAGAGCGACGAUGAGGAUUAUUGA